CAGUACUGGUGUAACUCUGACACAGAGAUCUUAUAAGGGUGUAGCAGUGCAAGACAUACCAAACUACCCGCUGUACUUUUCUUUGUUAUUAUGGAAGAGGAGGUAGUAACCCCGUUGCGGUGUUUUGGAGAACAUCACAAAUCCGAAUUAUUUACGGACGACAACGUGAAGACUGUGACUUCAGUCGAGCAGAAAAAAGUGGAAUGCUCUGUUCAAGAAGUCCUCAACAUGUUCCAGGAGAACCACAAAAUACCACAGCCAACAUUACUGAGAGAACAACAUUAUGUCUAUCUGAAGAGGGGUUUGCGGUAUCUCUCUGAUGCCUAUGAGUGUCUGGAUGCCAGUCGUCCCUGGCUCUGCUACUGGAUCCUGCACAGUCUAGAGCUGCUGGACAAACCUGUUCCUGCCUCCAUCUCAUCAGACGUGUGUCAGUUCUUGGCACGAUGCCAGUGCCCGACAGGUGGCUUUGCAGGGGGCCCAGGUCAGCAGGCUCACCUCGCACCCACAUAUGCUGCAGUCAACGCGCUGUGCAUCAUUGGUACAGAGGAAGCCUACAGUGUCAUCGACAGACAGAAGCUUCUGGAAUUCCUGUACUCUGUCAAGCAGCCAGACGGCUCCUUUGUUAUGCAUGUGGGUGGCGAGGUAGAUGUGAGGAGUGCGUAUUGUGCUGCUGCUGUGGCCUCCUUGACUAAUAUCAUCACCCCUACACUGUUUGAAGGCACGCCUGGCUGGAUUGUCAGUUGUCAGAACUGGGAGGGGGGCCUAGGUGGUGUCCCAGGGCUCGAGGCCCAUGGGGGCUACACAUUCUGUGGUACAGCAGCCAUGGUCAUCCUUGGGAAGGAAGACAUGCUGGACCUCAAGUCCCUACUGCGCUGGGUGGUCAGCAGGCAGAUGCGCUUUGAGGGUGGCUUCCAGGGUCGCUGCAACAAACUUGUGGAUGGCUGUUACUCCUUCUGGCAGGCAGGACUGCUGCCCCUGCUACACAGAGCUCUCUAUAAAGAGGGCGACCCAAUGCUCAGCCAAAGCAGCUGGAUGUUUGAGCAGCAAGCCCUGCAGGAGUACAUCCUACUCUGCUGCCAGAAUCCUGCCGGCGGACUAGUGGACAAGCCCGGCAAAUCCAGAGACUUCUAUCACACCUGCUACUGUCUGAGCGGCCUGUCCAUAGCACAGCACUUCGGAGGACAUGAUUUUCACCUGGAGCUGAUCAUCGGAAAUGAUGAUAACAGGCUGGAACCAACUCACCCAGUGUACAACAUUUGUCCAGAGAAAGUCACUCAAGCAUUUGAACACUUCCGCAAGCUGCCAGUCCCUGCACAGAGAGAGGGAGCUGGCAACACAUCAAACCCUUCAUAGGCCCCAAAUGAAAAUGUUCUUUCUCCAGUUUGCUACAAACUUUGUACGGAAGUGAGUGCCUGCUUUUCAGAGGUAUGGAGAGGGAAUGGCUCCUGUCUGAUGAGGAAUAUAUGCACUCUGACUCCUGUUUAACCUCUGAAG